AGAGGGGUGUUUCUAACUGGGAACAGAGUGUACACUGUUUCGUAUUACAGACACAGUGAGAGGGAGAAAGCAAAAGAAAAGAAGAGAAAAUCCCAGGGAUUUCUCCUUUCUUUUCUUGACGUUUAGUUGAGUUUAUGGAGCCUACGGGUCUACACAAUGAAACUCUCUACUGUUGCGAUAGUUCUCCUGACUAGGGCUUUUAUUGGAGAGCUGUGUGAUGCUUUAAAUGUGACCGUCACCCCUGGGCCAGUCAGCAUGUGUAUGGUAGGAGACAACAUCACUUUGUCCUGCUUGGUGUCUCAGAAGAAGAGGAGCAGCAGUGUUCUGGUGCUCCGCUGGCUCUUUUUACCCAACCCUGUAGACGAGCACCUCGUUGUCAGGAUGGGCAUGAAGAAAGCCAAGUAUUACGGCAACUACAGCAAGCACUUUUCCCAAACCAAGUUCCUCCUCUGGGAGGAGAUGGACGGACAGAUCUACCAUCUGCUGAUCCUGAAUGUGUCCGCAGAGGACGGGGGAAACUACACCUGUAAAGCGCAGGAAAUACGAAAGCACAGAAACAAGUGGAGGGCCUCGGCGAAUGGAACAGGGAGCAUGGAAUUACGAGUACAUCAUACACCAAUCACAGGAAAAACUGAUGACAUAUGGCGCAUGUUUGAAGAUUUGUACCUCUGUGCUGUGCUCAUCUGCUCCAUUGGGCUAGUCUGUAUGCUUGUCUUUGCCAUGACUAUCACAUGUCAGCACCUACUGCACAAACGAAAACUACAAGCUAGUUAUUACCUGGUGAAGUGCCCAGAAAACAGCUCAGGAGAAACCGUAACUAGUGUAUCCAGCUCCUCUCCAGGAAUGCACAGAAAGGAGAAAAGACACAAACCACAGCUCAGAGAGAUCACUGAACCACAGCCACCACCACAGCUACCAGCUAAAGCACCUGUACCAGGGAAACCAUGCAGAACCAAACAUUUAAAGGCACAACGUACAAAGACACAAAUUCAAAGGGUGGCAGAGGACAGCCUGACAUACGCAGAGCUGGAGCUGUUUAAACCAAAGCCUGAGCUGAAAACAGAGUCGGCUGGAUGUGCACAGCUUGAGUCCCAAACACACUGCACGGGAACUGUAUAUGCCCAAAUACUCUUUGUCGAGAAGCAAACCAUUUCAAGGACUGUUCUUUGGUGACGUCAAGUGACGUCAUUGUUCCAUGAACAUUUCUUGCUUGUCAAAACAGAGACUAAUUAGCAGAGACAGGCCACUUCUAUUAAAAUGAAUGGGAGAAAUUGGAACACCCAAUGGCAGCCAACGGUCAAUGGAUGUAGAAAGGAAGUCCCGCCUUAGAGGUAAAAUAGCCAAUCACCUUUUAGAUACAGAAAUCGCCUGUCAAUCAACGCGAGAACGCACAUGCACAUUAGCUAUACAAGAAGGUAAAAAUGAAUUUUUUAGCAUAAUCUGAGUUAAAGACACGGAAUUUAUUAUACCAGUUAUGACGGAAUGUCACGCCCUUCCCGUGGAUCAUCGUUGGCCGCAGUUAUGUUUUCCUGUUUGGCGGCACGUGACGGGCUCACCUGAACCCAAGGAAGAGCCUCACAGAGCACGCCUCUCAUCGGGAGACCGGUCUCUACCUGCUGGCGUCUUCACAGGUCCAGGAACAGAGCAGGGAGGAUCCGGUGCGAGUUAGCUGCGUCACCAGACCCGCAGCCCGGAACCCCAGUACGAGUUAGAUGUGACGCCGGGGAUUGGAGCACACGUAGGAGUCGACGGGCCAGGAUGCCGGGCCGCUAUUCCUCUCAAGUGCCGGGGCCCAGGGAAGCCGCCCCACAACCCUCGGACCAAGGAGGGGAGCACAUCGCAGCUGCCGGGAUCCCGCCCACUAUCACCUGGAACUUUCCCUGUCUUCACUACUCUUCCUUCACAUAGCCCUUUCCACCGCAAAGGUUUUGGACAUUUUAAAUAAAUGCCUCUCUGAGGCCUGAUGCCACACCCACUGUGUCCGUCUCUUGCUCACCCCGCCACACAGUGUUGUCAGAUUUUACUUCUUAUUUGAAAUAUGUUCUUUUAUCGUAAUCUUGACAAACCAUUUUUGAGAUUUUGGUCUUUCCCCAUUUAAGUAGAUAGGAGCUGCACUUUCAUGACGCUUGUUUACAUAGAAAAAUAGCUGCCCACACUGCCCAAGAGCGUUCCAAAGACUGCCACCGAGUGGACUGACUUACCUUGAGAAAGAGACUUUGUUGAAAGGAUCCGGAAAUGCAUUUGGACCGUUCUAAUUCCUUUGUUUUGGUUUACAUUCUUGAAAUGGUCUAUACUAUUAUUACUAGUAUAAAGUCUGUAAUACAACAGUAGCAUCUACAGUGGGAUUCAAAAGUUUACAGUGGGGUUCAAAAGUUUAAUGUAAAAUGAAUGAGAAAUAUUUAAGAUUCUGCACUAUUUUUAGGGUUAGGGAUAUCAAAUAAGCAAAUUUGUGACAUUGACCAUGUUUCCUUCUUCAAAUGAAGCACAAAAGAUGCUCUUUGGAACAUUCUCAAAUCAUGCUGGGAUAUCAGAUUUUCCACAAACUUAUAAAGUCCAUGCCAGCUCAAGUGCAUGCUAUCAUUAAAGCAAAAUGGCGAAAUACCAAAUACUAAGAAAUGUUAGGUUUUCACUUAAAUUGUUACACUGAUAAUACAUUUUUAAAUGAAAAGAAAUAGAAUCAAAAAUUAGAAUCACUUUUCACUAGUGGGCUUUUUUAAACUUUGAACCCCACUGUAUUUGGGCACAUCUAUCAUUGUACCUAUAAAUUUGAGAUCUUCCUUUCUUUAAUGACUGAGGGUUGCAUUACUGCUGGAUUUAACCCUAAACAGGCAUAAUUUGAGUAUGCAGUUUUGAAAAGUAUGCAACAACUGUAUUUUUUGCUAGGUUGAAAUAAAGAUUACUCCUCUAAAUGUUGAGGACGAUAUGAGCAAA